AUUCGGCUUCGGCAGCUCGUUCUUCACCCGUCCUUCUCUCUAAACCCAUCGCGCGUUGUUCUCAUCUUAAGCGAAGAGAUGGGGCUGUCUUUCACCAAACUGUUUAGUCGACUCUUUGCAAAGAAAGAGAUGCGAAUUCUCAUGGUAGGUCUUGAUGCUGCUGGUAAGACCACCAUUUUGUACAAGCUGAAGCUGGGAGAGAUCGUGACUACCAUUCCUACAAUCGGAUUUAAUGUGGAGACUGUGGAAUACAAAAACAUUAGCUUCACGGUCUGGGAUGUAGGAGGCCAAGACAAGAUUCGUCCUCUAUGGAGACACUACUUCCAAAAUACCCAGGGGCUUAUCUUUGUGGUUGAUAGCAACGAUCGUGAUCGUGUUGUUGAGGCUAGAGAUGAGCUCCACCGGAUGUUGAAUGAGGAUGAGUUGAGAGAUGCGGUGCUGCUUGUAUUUGCCAACAAGCAAGAUCUUCCAAACGCCAUGAAUGCUGCAGAAAUCACAGACAAACUUGGUCUUCAUUCUCUUCGUCAACGCCACUGGUAUAUCCAAAGCACAUGUGCCACUUCUGGGGAAGGACUCUACGAGGGACUGGAUUGGCUUUCCAACAACAUAGCCAACAAGGCUUGAAAGCAAUCACUUGAGGAACGCUGCAACGCAAUCUUGCUUCGAAGUGGGUUUGAGCUUGAGUCACUACUAGGCUUUUUCGGAGUCCUGUUUUGCUACUGCAUACAUUCUUUUUAAUGAGAAGAAUCAUAUAUGAUAGCAAUGGCUUAUCGAUCAUGUAGAUUCUAAAUAAUUAAUGAAUCAGAUGUUGCACAUGUCACGAACACAGUUGUCUUAGCAUUGGACAUUGGAUUAUCAAUACAAUGUUGAUUGUAGUGUUUUACUGCAUACAAAACAAAAUUGUUCAUUUAUUUCU